CAGCUCGCUCGCGAGGGCCGCCGAGAUGGCGCAGCCUCCUCCAGCGAGUGCAGGCGACCCACUCGACGACGCAGACCUCGAGUUCGAGGCCGCCCUCGCCUCCCACGACCUCGCCUCCGCCGCGUCACCCAACUCGCGCACCUCGACCAAGGCGUCGGCACCCUCGGGCGACUACCGCGAUGGCGCCAUGUACGAGCCAGUCGGCUUUGGCGAGUUCGGCGCCUACAUGCGCAACAAGCGCGCCAAGCUCCAGGUGCAGAACAAGGACCUCGUCGAGCAGGCCAAGGGCCUCCCGCAGAUCUUCCGCGGCUUGCACAUCUACAUCAACGGCUACACCGACGGCAUCACCCUCCCCGAGCUGCAGAACCUCCUCAUCGUGCACGGCGGCGUCUACGUCCCCUACCUCGACCAGAAGAGCCUCGUCACCCACAUCCUCGCCGCCAAUCUCACCCCGUCCAAGCGCCACGAGUUCCGCGACUACAAGGUCACGACGCCCAACUGGCUCACCGACUCGGCCAAGGCCGGUCGCCUCCUCGACUGGCGCGACUACUCGCUCCUCGCCCCGGUCGAUACGCCGCCGCUGCCCAAGGGCCUCGAGGCGACGGCGGGCGCGAGGGCGGCCGAGGACGCGGCGCGUCUCGGGACGCAGACGGGCCAGCGCAGCCUGCACAGGCGCAAGCCCACGCCGCCAUCGCCUCCUCGUCGUCGUCGUCGUCGAGCGGCAUUGGCGCCUACUUCGCCGCCGGCCGCGCGGUCAGAGCGGCAGAACGCGCUCCUCGGCGACCAGGACUGGCUCAUGCGCCACACGUCGUCGUCGGUCGACUUCCUCGCCGGGUACUUUGCCCAGUCGCGCCUCCACCUCAUCAGCAACUUCAAGGAGGACCUCAAGAUGCUCGUCGCGGCGACGCAGCAGUCGCUCCCGUCGCGCAAGAAGAAGCUCACGGGCCGCGCGAGCGACGGCCGCACCGUCUUCCACGUCGACUUUGACUGCUUCUUCGUCUCGGCCGGUCUCACGUCCCGUCCUGAGCUACGCGGCAAGCCGAUCUGCGUGUGCCACUCGCGCGGCAACGCCGAUGCGGCGUCGAGCACGAGCGAGAUCGCGUCGUGCUCGUACGAGGCGAGGGCGUGCGGCGUCCGCAACGGCAUGAGUCUUGGCCGUGCGAGGGAGCUCUGCCCAGAGAUCCAGACGAUGCCGUUCGAGUUCGAGCUGUACAAGAGCAUCUCGAUGACCUUGUACAGCAUCCUCCUCAAGCACGCGUCGUUCCUCCAGGCCGUCUCGAUCGACGAGGUCCUCAUGGAGAUCAAGGUCGAGCCGACCAUCCUCCGCGAGCACGACCCGGCCCUUGAGCGCGCUCAGCAGAUCCGCGCCGAGAUCUUCGACGCGACGGGCUGCCCGGCCUCGAUCGGCAUCUCGCACAACAUCCUCCUCGCCAAGCUCGCGACGCGCAAGGCCAAGCCGGCCAACGCGUAUCACCUGCUCGCCGAGGAGGUCGACGAGUUCAUCGCGACGCUCGGCGUCGACGAGCUGCCCGGCAUCGGCUGGUCGAUGCGCGACAAGCUCAAGGCGCAGCUCGGCGUCGAGACGGUCGGCGACCUGCGCAAGGUGCCGCCGCACAAGCUCGCCAAGGCGAUCGGCCCCGACAACGGGCGCAAGUUUGCCGCGUUCGCGCAGGGCGUCGACGACCGCGAGCUCGAGCUCGGCAAGGCGCGCCAGUCGGUCUCGACCGAGGUCAACUACGGCAUCCGGUUCCCGGUCGACCGUCACGACCUCGUCGAGCGCUUCGUGCGCCAGGUCGGCGUCGAGACGGCGAGGCGGCUGCGCGAGCAGGGCCUGCAGAGCCGCCAGCUCACGCUCAAGGUCAUGCAGCGCCACCCCGAGGCGCCCGUCGAGGCGCCCAAGAUGCUCGGCCACGGCUGGUGCACGACCGAGAACAAGGUGUCGACGCUCGCAGGCCGCAGCGGCGGUGCGACCGACGACGGCGACAUCGUCGGCGAGACGGCGUGCAAGCUCAUGCGCUCCUUGCAGGCCCCGCCGCACGAGCUGCGCGGCAUCGCGGUCCAGUUGUCGAAGCUCGAG